GGGCAUAUAGGUGGCGUCCGCUGGUGAGAAACACCUAGCGCAGGUAAAAGGGUGGCGGCAAAAGGGAGUUCCCACCUGUUGCGUUCUUCCAGAAAUGAAGACUUAAGAAAAUACCUAGGAGGGGCCGAUCGGUGUCUUUCGGACGCGCCUGGAAACCCCACCCUCAGUCCGAGGAAAAGCCUUUGGGCUGAGAGGCUGGAGCUUCAGAAAAACCGAGAAGAAAAGCAGCUCCUCCGCGCGCCAGGUUCUUGGCCUCGCACUCCUGCGCCCCGGCCGCGGCCCUUCGCCCUGCCGCGCCCUCCCUCCCCCGGCCUCCGGGUGCCUCGGCCGGCGACCUACCCCGGAGUCCUCCCAUGGCGCCAGCCCGAGCCCCAGGCUCCCCGAGCGGGGCCCUCUGCCGGCAACUCCUGCUGACCCUCGCGAUCUUAACAUUUGCCUGUGAUGCCUGCAAAACAGUUACACUACAUGUUCCCGCUAAACUAGAUGCUGAAAAAUUUAUUGGUAGAGUUAACCUGAAGGAGUGCUUUAAAUCUGCAACCCUCAUUCACUCAAGAGACCCUGAUUUCCAAAUUUUAGAAGAUGGUUCAGUCUAUACAACACAUGCCAUUCUUUUGUCCUCAGAGAAGAGCUCUUUUACCAUACUGCUUUCCAACACAGAGACCCACGAAGAGAAGGAAAUACUUGUCCUUUUAGAGCAUCAAACAAAGGUACUAAAGAAAAGGCAUUCUCAGGAAAAAGUUUUGAGACGUGCCAAGAGAAGAUGGGCUCCUAUUCCUUGCUCAGUGCCUGAGAAUUCCUUGGGUCCAUUCCCACUUUUUCUUCAACAGAUUCAAUCUGAUACAGCCCAAAACUACACUAUUUACUAUUCCAUAAGUGGGCCUGGAGUUGACAAAGAACCUCGCAAUUUAUUUUAUGUAGAGAGAGAUACUGGAAACCUGUUUUGUACUCGUGCUGUAGAUCGUGAAACAUAUCCAUCGUUUGAGCUGGUUGCCUUUGCAACAACUCCAGAUGGAUAUACUCCAGAAUAUCCAUUGACCCUAUUCAUCAGAAUUGAGGAUGAAAAUGAUAACUACCCAAUUUUUACAGAAACAAAUUACAUUUUUAAAGUUUUUGAAAACAGCAAAGUUGGUACUACCGUGGGACAGGUUUGUGCAACAGACAAAGAUGAGCCUGACACACUGCACACGCGUCUAAGGUACUCCAUCAUUGAGCAGUUUCCAGCAUCACCCACCCUCUUUUCUAUGCAUCCAACUACAGGCGUGAUCACCACAACGUCAUCUCAGCUAGACAGAGAGCUAAUUGAUAAAUACCAGCUGAAAAUUAAAGUGCAAGACAUGGAUGGUCAGUAUUUUGGUUUGCAGACAACUGCAGCUUGCGUCAUUAAUAUUGAAGAUGUGAAUGACAACUUGCCAACAUUCACCCGUUCUUCUUAUGUGGCAUCGGUGGAGGAGAAUAGAAUUGAUGUGGAAAUCUUACGUGUUGCUGUUCAGGAUAAGGAUUUAAUUCAUACUGCUAAUUGGAGGGCUAAUUAUACCUUUUUAAAGGGUAAUGAAGAUGGAAAUUUUAAAAUUGUAACAGAUUCCCAAACCAAUGAAGGAGUUCUGUAUGUGGUUAAGCCACUGAAUUAUGAAGAAAAACAGCAGCUGACCCUGCAAAUUGGUGCAGUUAAUGAAGCUCCAUAUAUUGGUAGUUCAAGAUCAACCAUGAACAUGGCAACAGUCACUGUUAAUGUACAAAAUCAGGAUGAGGGCCCUGAGUGUGACCCUCGGCUACAAACUGUACGAAUUAAAGAAAACGUACCAGUGGGAACAAAGAAUGUUGGUUAUAAAGCAUAUGACCCGGAAACAGGAAGUAGCAGUGGCAUAAGGUAUAUGAAGUCAAGUGAUCCAGAAGGGUGGGUUGAUGUGGAUGAAAACUCAGGAGUAAUCACAAUUUUGAAAAGACUCGAUAGAGAAGCCAGAAGUGGUGUAUAUAAUAUUUCAAUCCUUGCCUCAGACAAAGAUGGGAGAACAUGUAAUGGAGUACUGGGGAUUAUUCUUGAGGAUGUGAAUGAUAAUGGCCCAGUCAUACGUCAGCGGACAGUGAUAAUCUGUAAAACUGUCAUGUCAUCGGCCGAGAUUGUUGCUGUAGAUCCUGAUGAACCCAUCCACGGCCCACCCUUUGACUUCAGUUUGGAAGGUGUUUUGGAUUCAGAGGUACUUAGAAUGUGGAGACUGACAAAGGUUAACGAUACAGCAGCACGUCUCUCCUAUCUGAAUGACCUCCAGUUUGGAAAAUAUACAGUCCCUGUGAGAGUUACAGAUAGACUUGGCCAGUCACUCGUCACUCAGUUAGACGUGAGAUUAUGUGACUGUGUUACCCCAAAUGACUGCGACAUUUACCGAAGUCCGAGGACUGGCAACGGAGAAGUGAUACUUGGAAAGUGGGCCAUCCUUGCAAUACUGUUGGGCAUAGCAUUGCUAUUUUGUAUCUUAUUCACCUUGGUCUGUGGGGCUACUACUGGGGCAGCCAAAAAGCCAAAAGUAUUUCCUGAUGACUUAGCUCAGCAGAACCUCAUUGUGUCAAACACUGAAGCUCCUGGCGAUGACAAAGUGUAUUCCACAAAUGGUUUCACAACCCAUGCCGUGGGUGGCUCUGCUCAGGGAAUUUGUGGCACCCUGGGAUCCAGAGUGAAAAGUGGAGGGCAAGAGACCAUCGAGAUGGUAAAAGGAGGGCACCAGACCUUGGAGUCCUGCCAGGAAGCCGGGCAUCAUCACACCCUGGAACGGUGCAAGGAAGGUGGACAGCACACUCUGGAUUCCUGUAGGGGAGGACCAACAGCAACCGACAACUGCAAAUACACGUACUCCGAGUGGUACACUUACACUCAGCCCCGUCUUGGUGAAGAAUCCAUUAGAGGACACACUCUGGUUAAAAAUUAAACAAUGAAAGAAGGUCCAGCAGUGUGAUCAGGACAACACCCAUAUGCAAGCUCAAGACUACGUCCUGUCCUAUAACUACGAAGGAAGAGGAUCGGCAGCUGGAUCUGUGGGCUGUUGCAGCGAACGACAAGAAGAAGAUGGGCUUGAAUUUUUGGAUCAUCUGGGACCCAAAUUUAGGACACUUGCGGAAACAUGCAUGAAGAGAUGAGUGCCUUCUAGAUGGUCUACAAAAGCCAAUGGGUUUAUCGUCUUUUUUUUUUUUAUAAGCUAAGAUUUUUUUUUUUAAAACAUAAAAGAUGCUAUAUUUGGGGCUUUUCCCCUUUAUUUUGUUGGGAUCUCUUUAGCCAAAUGCGCAUUCACUGAGGGAUGCUGUAAAUAACUACACAAAUUUCCUGGCUUUUUCAUAGUGUUUAAUUACUUACCUUCCACCUAAGGACACCUGCAGAUAGACAAGAAAGUCUGCGUUAUUGUUUACAUUUGGGUAUAAUGACAGCAGCCAAUGUAUAGUGCAAUACAAUGUAGUGAAUUCACGUGUAUAGCAUAGACUACUUGAAGUAGAACCAAGUGGAAAAUUGUGGAGACCUUGCUCUAACUUCAUCUUCAGUUACCUAAUUCAUUAAUCGUUUGUAUGGUACUUAAAGACUGCUGUUCUCCUAAGCAUUCUAAAGUGUUUAUACUGUAUUCUUGAUGUUGUUUUAGUCUUGUAACAUGACCUGUCUUCAUAAACAAGUGUUGACUGUUAUUAUAAUUCCAUUUUGGUGGAGUUUACUUUCCACCUUGUAUUCUUUGUGAAAUCUGGCACUGACUUAUACUUGCUCUGUUACUCACCUUCUCUGAACAUUUACAUUUUAAAAAAUGCUUUAAGGGUGUAUUUUUAUUUCUGUGAGGCUUUGGUCUUUGGUCUCCUUGCCCCUGCUCUCCACCGCCCCCUCGGGUUCUGCCUCUCAUCUUCUCUCUCCUCCCUUCCUUCCCUUCUCCCUCUCUCUUUCUGUCUCUAUCUUGUUUGUGUUCUUAAAGUUUUUAUUUGGGUUGGAGAAUCUAAAUAUAAUUAAAAGCCAUCUCUCUUUCCUCUCUUAUAACGUUCUGUGUUUCUCUUUUAUAUAAGCACCUAUAUUCUUGGCUUUUCUUAAAAUCAAUGUAACGUUGAUUUUAUUGUUUGAACUGUUUUGGUGCUUGCUUCAUUAUCUUCUCUACAAAGACUCUUUAAUUUUGCCACUAAAUUGUAGAAAUAUAUCAUGCUUUUAUUAGAUGCAGCAUUUUUUGUUAAAAAAAGGAAUACUGUAAUUAACAUUGGGAUGUGGGCAUUUUAGUAUAUUUGUUUGGUUCUCAGUUGCUCAGUGGUGUCUGACUCUUUGUGACUGCAUGGACUGUAGAUGCCAGGCUCCUCUGUCCCUGGGAUGUCCCAGGCAAGGUUACUGGAGUGGAUAGUCAUUCCCUUCUCCAGGGGAUCUUCCCGACCCAGGGAUUGAAUCCAUGUCUCUUGCAUCUCUUGCAUUGGCAGGCGGGUUCUUUACCACUGCAGCACCUGGGAAGCCCAGCAGUAUAUUUAUAGUUCAUUAUUGUAAAGAUCCAGUUUAUAAAUGCAAAAUAGUGAUGGUUUUUGAAAUAAGGUUUGAAAUGCAGGGAUCUUGAAAGCUGUCUAGGAAUAAUAUAGCUUUUUAGAUGAGAUGGCUAGUUAUAGCUAUGUGUUUGUAAAGUUUGUUUUUUUUUAAUAUUAUAAGAUUAAAGUUUUUAAUGAAUGUAGAAGUGGUCCAAACAAUUUAAAUUUUGAACUAAUAAGACAAAAUUAAACUUAAUAGCCAACCAAAUUCCAGGGUAGGUUUCACAGCUGAUUUCAAUCAAUGAAUUUUCUAUCUAUACUAACCAUUGGACAUUUUAAAAAUAUUUCUAAUAUUUAGAAUUGUUAGUAAUAUGCCUGCUUUUGAAUUCACAAGAUUGGCUUAUACCAAUUAUUUUUAAGAAUUAACAUUGGGUUGUUUAUUGAAUAAUCUGUUUAUCUUUUCAGUAGUUUCAUUGCUGCUCAGUCAAAAAUACAGUUUCUCAAUGUUAUUUAUAAAAUCCUUGUACAUGACUAGUUAUGAUAAAGCAAGUCAGGUAGUUUUAAAAAUCAGUGUGUUUGUUAAUCAUGUGCCUGAUAUGAGCUUAUGGGAUGGUGUUUUCUUACUUAAAGAAGUGAGGCUCUUUUAGAAUCCUGUUCUACACAUUUUAGGAUUUUAGACUUUGAUUUGGAGAGGUCUUUGGUUGUUACCAUCACAUUUAUCUAAUUUUACUGUUCUAAAGACUGUGAUUCUAUGGAAUGUUGGUUAAGUUGCAUAAUUUCUCCAUGUCUGUUUUUUUGCACCUAAAAUGGGGGAUAAUAAAUAAAACUCCUUUUCUAGGGUUCUCCUGGGGUGGCUGUAAGACAUUUGAAUAAAAAAUGGUUUUUAAGCAUGAAAGUCACUCAGAGUGGUCCACCCAAAAGGCACUCCUAAUAAAACUGAACAAUUUAAAAUAAGUUGCAUUAAUAACCCAUUUCAUGUUAACAAAAAUCAAUUAAGAAAAUAAGAUAAUGG